AUGAGAUCUAGAUCCCGGGCCAUAACAAAUUUGGUAUCAGAGCCACUCGUGAUGGCGACUCCUGCAGAAGAGUUGAUGAAAAAUUUGGAGGAAUUCAUGAUUCAACAGGAACAGAGCAAUAACGAGAUUAAAGGGGCGAUUGUAGACUUACAAGCUAAAUAUGUGUCCUUGGAAGAAGGCUUGUCAAAGCAGACAAAUUCUAAAAACAGAUCAAAAGCUAGCAUGGAGGAAAAAGGUGAACAACAAUUUGAAGACAACAACGAACCUAGCCCGGGUAGAGGUAAGGGUAUUAAUUUGGGCGCACAAGAAGGAAGGGGAUUCAUAUCUUCAACGAGGGUAGGACGAGGACGAGGAGAGUUUGGGAUAAACCCUAACAAUGCAGGGAAGGGGUUUGGAAUAAACCUUAACGACACAGGGAAGGCACAUGAAUCAGAAUCAUGGAGGAUUACUUACCAACCGAAGUUUAAAUAUAAGUGGGAUCCUUUAAAAGGUGAAGCGUCAACACAUAAUCGAAAAGUUGAUCAAGACCCUAUGUAUCAAAGGAGGACAAAACCCGAACAGGGGUUCAAAAUAUGGUACGAAACUGAUGAAGCCAAUGGGUAUAAAGCAACUAGGGUGCCGAAAUUUACAAAGAUGGAGUUUCCAACUUAUGAUGGCAAGGACGACCCCCUGUCUUGGCUACAGAUUUGCAAAGAUUUCUUUGAAGAACAACAAACUCCAACUAAAGCAUGGGUUCGUCGGGAAACCUUUGUUCUUUAA